AUUAAUAUAUAGGAAAUCUAAUUCCUCAGGAAUUAAACCCCUGCAAAUGACUUAGUGUUUUAGCUUCUCAUAUGAGCAACCCUCAAUCAACCAUGGAAGCAGAUUUCCAAGGCUACAUUAUACUUUUCCUUGUCUCCAUGGUUCUGGUUCGAACCAUACUCACCAAAAUUCAGAACAAACCUCGGCUUCCACCAAGUCCAAUGGCCUUACCAGUCAUUGGACAUCUCCACCUCCUUGCUCCAAUUCCUCACCAAGCUUUUCACAAGCUGUCUAGCCGCUACGGUUCUUUGAUUCACAUCUUUCUUGGUUCUGUUCCUUGUUUAGUUGCUUCCUCACCAGACAUGGCCAAAGAGUUCCUCAAGACUCAUGAAGGUUCCUUCUCCAGCAGGCCUUCUAUGGCUGUUGUUGAUUACCUCGCAUAUGGAUCGUCUGAUUUUGCAUUUGCUCCUUAUGGACCUUACUGGAGAUUCAUGAAGAAACUAUGUGUUUCUGAGCUUCUUGGUGGAAGAACACUGGAUCAGCUCCUUCCCAUCCGGCGCGAAGAGUUGACAAGUUUUGUACAAUUGAUCCGAAAGAAGGCCAAGGCAGCUGAGGCUGUUGAUGUUGGAGCAGCGCUUAUGACGAUAACGAAUAAUAUCAUAACAAGAAUGACUAUGGGGCAGAGUUGGUCUACAAAUGAAAGAGACGCUGAUGUGGUCAGGAAGGUGGUGAAAGCUACUGCUGAGCUUAAAGGGAGGCUUAACUUGUCGGAUUUAAUUUGGUUUUGUAAGAACUUGGAUUUGCAGGGCUUUGGGAAAAGGGUUAAGGAAUUGCGCGAUACGUUCGAGACAAUGAUGGAGAGGGUUAUAGAGGAGCAUCAAGAGGCAAGGAAGAAAAGGAAGGAACUUGGUGAAGGUGGUGAUGCCGUUAAGGAUUUGCUUGACAUUUUACUUGACAUAUCC